UCCAAUGAAGUGGACAUGAAGAAACGAAGCUCCACUUCUCCAUCUUCUUUGUUUCCACUUUUUAAGCUCUUUUAUAGUCUCUCCUUCAGCAAACAUAAGAUACACAUCUGAUCGGUAAUAGUGUUGAAACUGAUAAUGGAAAAUAUGGAAGAAUCAAAAGGAGGAGUGACGAUGAUGGGGAAGGCGGAAAUUGAUACGAGCGCUCCGUUUCGUUCGGUUAAAGAGGCAGUCAUAUUGUUCGGAGAAAGAGUUCUCGCUGGCGAGCUCUACUCUUCUGACAAGUUCAAACAGAAGAAGCCGGAUGGAUCGAGUGAAGACGACAGCGACGACCCGUCUAAUAAUGGGAUAGCAGCCGAUGAUGAGCUAAUUGAGACUAAACAAAGACUAGAAAGGGCAAGAGAAGAAAGAUUGGUAAUGGCUACUUGUCUUUCUUCUUUAGAAGAGGAACUUGAACGCACAAGAAAUGAACUUGAUAAGCUAAAAAUUGAGCAACAGCAAGUUAUGGUAUCAGAAAUUGAAGACCUAAAAUUUAUAGAGAAGACACAAAUUACGGCACAUGAAAAUGUUGAGCUUCAGACAAAAAGAUACGUGACAUUUGCAAAUCCUUCACAAGGCGAUGAUGAUGUUGUCUUACAGAGCCAUCCUUCACUCAAGAAGAAGAAGAAGAAAAAAAUACCCCUUAAUAUUCCACUCAUAAGGGGUUUUUUUUCAAGGAAGAGAGGUAGUACUAAUUCCGAAAAUAUUCAAUAUGCUUGAGUUUAAAACGAACAAAAUAUGCAAGUCUCUCUCUGCCCUUUAGGAGAUCUGUGGGUUUCGGUCCAGUUUGAAUCUUCGGAGCACUGAAAUCGGUUUCAGCAUCACAAGAAGUAAUAUAUGCAAUUUUCUACGUAUAGCUUAUAAUUUCCAAUGGUUUUGCUUAAAAUCAAAGUGUGAAGUAAGGUUGGUUAAUUAUACAUGCAUGUUUGAGCUAGUGAAGUUAGAUAUGUUUCUUUGAGUAACAUUUUCAAUAAGGUUAUAUAUACUAUUACUUGAAUGAUA